AUGUUUGUCAUAUAUUGCGUUUACAAUCGUAAAAGUAAUGCAAGAGGCUUCGAAUUUAAUGGAAGUUUCACCGAUGACAGCAUUGUCGGAUCACAGGUAGCAGAUUCACCCGCUAGUGGUCCGUCAGCGUGCUUCGCAGAUCGUCGUUAUCUCCCCCGUGUCAAUCCUCUAAAUUUUUUUGAGAAUAGACGAAGUCAGUUUGGUUCCGAUGGCAUUAAUGAAAUGUAA